AUGGGCUAUCGACAAAAAGAGAGCCCCGAGGCCGCUUCGGGGCUCACCGGUUGUACCAAACAGAGCGACAUCUUAAACAAGAUCUUCGAUCGUAACAGUCGGGUUAUCAAACGACAGACUUUUGGUAUUGGCCUUCGCAUGGCUAAAGGGAAGAAAGAUGGUGAUGAAGACAGCGACGAAGAUGACGACGAAGAAGAAGAAGAAGAAGAAAGUGGUGAUGACAAAGACAAGAAGAAACCAGAUCAAAAACCUGCACCUAGCCGCCCUAACGCUGACCCUUGGACAACAGGAGGUGAAAGACAGACGAUUAUUGGUAUAGAACGUGCGGAUGUAGGGAAUCUAUGCUAUGUAAACACAGCGUUACAGGGACUAGCAGCAACUUCAUACCCCGAAUGGGUGAACGUCACUACAAGCGCCACAUACGCAGACGACCCAAAGAAAGGCGAUUUAGCCAAAUUAAUAGAUGGAGUAUUCAAACAGCUCAACCACUUUACAAAGAAGAAGUAUGAGAGCAGAGCAACCAUCUUGACUCCCACCACGGAUGAUCUUACGUUUCCAGACCUUGGCACCCAACAGCAUUGUGCUACCGAGUUGAUUGUACGAUUGAAUGACCGUAUUAUAGAAAAUAUGAAUACUAUCGGAUAUGAGAAUCGUAUUAAGGUGGGGGUUCUUACUCGACGGAAUUGUCUAGAUUGUGGGAAUGUGUGGACGCAAGCCGAAGAAUACCCGAGUCUCCAAUUGCACAAACCGCUCAAGAGACUGCAAGCGACAUUAGACGAAACUCUCGAAUGGCAUCAACGAAUAGAAUACUGGUUAAGCGGUAGAUGCAACAGAUGCAGAGCUCUUGAAAUUAGAAAGAUACUACGUCGUGCUCUUAGGAACUCGACCAGGGACCGUACAUCUGCUGCAAAUGUGAAGAUCAUCCGGAACCGUAUCCAACUCCUCGAGCAGUCUCUUCGGAACCAUACAUACAACAACUUGACAAAUACCCAAGAAAUACGUCUAGGGUUGGCUAGAAUAGCGCCAUACCCCGUAAGACCUACAAAAACCGCAGAUAUGACGGACACAUUCUUCAAAGGUCUCAAAGAUACUUACGAUAAGGAAAUCAUCAGGAGGACAAUCAAUUACGAUUCGGAUUGGUCCCAAACACAGGCGAUAACCGAUCUACCUGAAAUCCUUAUAGUUGAAUUCGUCAACGUUCCAGGAUAUGACGCCCGAGGACGACCUACCAAAUUAAAAUCCCGUGUCACAUUCGACCCAUCUAUGGACUUCACCAACUACGUGGCCGGACCAAACCGUAACAUACAUAUGGGAAAUUUCAACCUACCCAUCAGGAUGUUGGGCGAUGCUGCGAAUCCCGCGGUUCCGACGUAUGAAUUACGAGCUAUGUUGGUCCAUCAGGGUACUGAUUUUGUAGCCGGACAUUGGUAUUGUUACCGUCGUGAAUGGAAGGAUCCGGUGAACCCUGUGGGUGAACAGUGGUGGCUUUGUGACGAGGCGAAUACAUUAAGAGUCGGUAAGCAAGAUUUGUUUGGUGGGAAUAGGGAAGACCCGAGGACGCCUCGACCUGGACAGCUGUAUGCGCUGAUAUACGAAGCAGUGCCACCCGGGGGAACUGUUCCAGGAAAGGGUGGAGAUGAGAGCAAUAUUACACUGUGGAAAGAAGCAAAAUAA